AUGUCUUUCCACCCAAUUCAUGGCCAGGAUCCAAUAAAAGUGCUGAAGCAGCUAGAAGGCUCUCAGCUCAUACUGCCUGUUGUCUCAAUAGGGAAUACGCCUCAAUUGGCAGCCGAUCUACUAAUACACACGUUGCCUGCGAAGCUAGUGGCGAGACUGGAUGAUAUUUAUCUAUAUCCGUUUGCAUCACCCGUGGACUAUGUGGAUGACCCCAAGCAGGGAAUCACAUCAGGCUUGGAGAUUUAUUACAACGAGCUGCACCAAGUGACCAUUUUGCAACAAAGAUCUCCAAUCCUGCCAGGUUUGACAGCCAAGUUUCUCAAGGAGCUGAUAGUGCCGUUUGUGCGUAUGGCCCAAUUUGGUAGGGUGGUGAUUCUACAAAGCAACGACGCUGGUCUUCGUGAGGACAAAGACGUGGACCAUUUGUUUCUACUGUGGGCCAACGAUAUUGCCAAAACUCUUGAGACGUUCAGAAUUUCUGAUAACAGCAUUGGUGUGAUCUCCGACAAGUCGGAUCUCGAUGGCAUGGGGAAGCUGAUACUUGAUGCGUUUGAGGAUCGAAAUGAGGAUUCCUCGAGUCUUGGCCCCGUGGUGAAAGGGUCAUUGAAGCUCGCAAGCACACCUUCUGCGUCGAUCGACGCAAUAUUUCUGUCGAUCUUUGUGUACGAGGGCGACAACUCGGACGAUUCCAAGCAAUUGGCUUCGCAGCUCCUCCGUGUGCUACAUGUGGACGAGCCUGCAGAAUGGACAACCCCGAUCUCCUGGCGUGGAGUGUACGGCAACAAACAAAUUCCUGUUGGGAUGGAGUAUGGUGUGUACACAUAA